AAGAGGGGCCAAAUGUCCAACAGCAGCUCCAUCAGGCACUUCCUCCUGCUGGCAUUGGCAGACACGCAGCAGCUGCAGCUCCUGCACUUCUGCCUCUUCCUGGGCAUCUCCCUGGCUGCCCUCCUGGCCAACGGCCUCAUCAUCAGCGCCGUAGCCUGCGGCCACCACCUGCACACCCCCAUGUUCUUCUUCCUGCUCAACCUGGCCCUCACUGACCUGGGCUCCAUCUGCACCACUGUCCCCAAAGCCAUGCACAAUUCCCUCUGGGACACCAACAACAUCUCCUACUCUGCAUGUGCUGCUCAGCUGUUUUCUCUUAUGCUAUUUCUUGCAGCCGAGUAUUUCCUCCUGACCAUCAUGUGCUACGACCGCUACGUGUCCAUCUGCAAACCCCUGCACUACGGGACCCUCCUGGGCAGCAGAGCUUGUGCCCACAUGGCAGCAGCUGCCUGGGCCAGUGCCUUUCUCAAUGCUCUGCUGCACACAGCCAAUACAUUUUCCCUGCCCCUGUGCCAUGGCAAUGCCCUGGGCCAGUUCUUCUGUGAAAUCCCCCAGAUCCUCAAACUCUCCUGCUCACACUCGUACCUCAGGGAACUUGCGCUUCUUGCAGUUACUGUCUGUUUGGUAUUUGGUUGUUUUGUGUUCAUUGUUUUCUCCUAUGUGCAGAUCUUCAGGGCUGUGCUGAGGAUCCCCUCUGAGCAGGGAAGGCACAAAGCCUUUUCCACCUGCCUCCCUCACCUGGCUGUGGUGUCUCUGUUUAUCACCGCUGGCACAUUUAGCUACCUGAAGCCCCCCUCCAUCUCCUCCCCAUCCCUGGAUCUGGCCCUGUCAGUUCUGUACUCAGUGGUGCCUCCAGCUCUGAACCCCCUCAUCUACAGCCUGAGGAACGAGGAGCUCAAGGAUGCCCUGAGGAAACUGAUGAUUGGAUCAAUUCAGAAAUAA